AGUUUGCGUUUGAUAGUGUAAACACCAACCACCUCGCUCCCGACUCAAUCCUGCAUCACUCCACGAGCCCCUGAGGCAAGCGGUGUGGCACUGUCACCCCCUCCAGGCCACGGCGCGGCGCAGCCCCCACCCCUGUCACCCUCCGGUGGCUGUCGGAAGCCGAGCUUCCUUCGGGGACGUUCGGCUCUCCCGAUCGUCGCUGCUCGGCUCGGCUGGCCGGCUCCACGGCACGGCACGCAGCGAGAGUCCCCCUCCACUUCAUUCUGUUGGGAACGCUUCUGCGAGGACGACGUGGCGCUGCCCGCCGUAGCUCCGCCGCUCCACUCGCUCGGCGAAAAGUUCGUGCCGCGCGCGCUCGUGUGUGUCUUGUGUGUGUUUGUGAGUGACUCUGAGCAGAGUGUGAAAGCUGAAAAUGGCAGUGCCAUUUAACGAGGACGAUGAGGAAGAGCAGCUGGAGAGACUCCAGCUGCUCUUCUCGCAGUUCCUGCAGGUGCUGAGGCAUCUGUUGGACCAGCUGCAGGUGCCGCAGAUCACCUUGACCAGCAGUCGCCUGGCAUCCUGCGGGGACGCUGACGAGGAGGACGACGACGAGGAGGAGCCCCCCAGACCACGUGCUGCUACAACCUCCCCGACGUGGUUCGGGACGCGGUAG